AUGGCAAAUGACGAAAUGAUGGAGGAAGAAGAACUGAUCCACAAUCUUGUGAAAAGAAGUAAACCUGCACCACCAUGUGUGAAUGAUGAAGAAAGUUGCCGGUAUCGUAAAUGUUGUCUAGUUCACGUUUACGGAUCAUGCAAGGCAUGUAACCCAAGGAAAUGCAAAAGUACUCGUGACUGCUGUGACGAAUCUAGCUGCGUAUACGGAAACUGCAGACUUGUGAAGAGAGGUUUACCAUUACCACCAGGACUACCAUCAUGGUGUGUGAAUGAAGGAUCUAAUUGCUGGGAUUUUAGAUGUUGUCCUGGUUCAAGCUGCGUUGACCUUAUCUGCAAGUCAUGUAAUCCAAGAAAAUGCAAAAAUACCCGUGAUUGCUGUGAUGAUUCUAGCUGCAUUUAUGGAAACUGCAAGUCAUGUCAAGAAAGAAAUUGUAAACGGAGUAAUGACUGCUGUAAGGGAUAUAACUGUUCCUACAAGAAAUGCGUACGAUCCAAGAAGGGUUAA